GAGCGAAGUGGUCGUGUAAUCUCUGACGGCACAAACACAGGGUGACCAGUAAGAUGGCACAGAUGAUCAGAGUGCAAUAGAGAACGUACACUCAAAAUUUUGUUAAGGUCAGUGGACAUAAAAAGAUCGCCGGAGUUUUCCUGUAAACAUCAAGCGUUACGUUUGGUACUUCUCGGUUACAUGCACCCACAACCGUAAAUAAAGACCUGCACAGCGAGGCGGACAGUCUCUCGUUGCUCAGAGUAUACGGUGGAAGCCGCCGAAACGCUUCGCGUCCACCGGUUCCCGCAGUACGGGGGACAGGCGCAAUUUUUUUUUUUUUCAAAUUUAGUUUUGUGGUUGUGGUGAAUUCGGGCCCCGCUUAUUAGAUAACAAGCACAAGCGAGCAGCUUCGUCCGUCCGCGGGCUGUCAACCGGUGUGCGCGCUCUCGUGAUAUCACCGCCGCGCCUCGGCCGUACACCAAAACCAGACGCGCGUCUCCCCGCUCGCCCUCCCCCUCACCCCCUCUCCACCUCUGCCGCCGCCUCCCCUCGCGCGAGCACGCAGAAAGUUCCGCGAGACCCGACGGAAAAAGACGAGCCACUUCCAGGACCACUUGUGCCGCGUGUCUCCGAACUGGAUGCAGCAGUGAGUGAGACGACGCGAUCGGGAUCCUUUCGAUACACGCCGCCAAGCAUCCAAUCGGUCCCGCUUUGUGACUAAGGAACACAAUGCAAGGAACGACCAAGAUUUUCCUCAGCCUCAAAGCAUGCAAGAAUGUGUGCACAGGAAGCAAAUUGCCACCAAAUAUUUUGCUGUGCCGAGGACUGCUGACUUCAAGAUCACAUGGGCAGAUUGAAGCUGUUGCCACACAGGUCCUUGAACCCACUGCAGCUGCACUGAAGAAGCAGCCUGCACCAGUGGAACCACCUGAAUGGCCUUACACCGAGCACAUUGUAAAGGUGCACACAUGUGCAAAACUCUACCAGGACUGGAGAAAAUGGAAACCUGGCUAUCAGAAUGCACCUCCUGAAGGUGUUGAAGUGGAACUGGGCUACAUGCACACAGGCUUAGACAGACCAGCUGCCCAGCGUGAGGGCUGCCCCACUGUGCUGCUGCUGCAUGGGGCACCUGGCAGUUAUCGUGACUUCACUCAACUGGUGCCUUUCCUGGACAGUCACGGUGUCACUGUCAUCUCACCCCGGUGGCCCGACUUGCGUCUCAGCUACCGGACAGGAACAUUCUGGCAUUCAGCAGAAGAAAAGACGCAGCUGCUCACGGACUUCCUCAAGGCCAUCAACAUCAGCAAGGUUGACAUGCUGGUGGCUCACAGCAGCGCCAUCUACCCGACCUUAAAUGUCAUGACCAGGCCAGGCAUGCCCCACGUGAAAUCAGUGGCUCUGCUGGCACCAGCAGGACAUCAACUGGUCAGAGCCAUCAGGCCACUACCCCUGAUGCGAGCCUUUGCAGUGCACUACACCAACCCACGGUAUCAAGGCUUCAUGAGACAUUUGGGCAUUGCCAUCAUGAAGUACACGCGAAGUCCUAUCAAGCCUAACAUUGAAGAUGCCAUCAUGUCACUGCAGACCAUGAUCUUUUCUGACUAUGAAGAGGCAGGUGACAAGAUAAAGCAAGUUGCUGACAGUGGCAUACCUUUGCUCAUAGCAUUCAGUGAGAACGAUCGAGCCAUCAACCCACAGGUUAUUUUCAAUAUGGUGGACCUUAUUGGCACACGCAACCAAGAUCUUUGGCUCUAUGACGCUAAUGGCAAAUUGGUCAGAAAAGGGUCAACAUCAGGCCAAAGGAAAGUGAUGCUGUUCAAGAAAGGAGGUCAUUAUCUGUUUCGCCGUCAUCCAGAAGUUGUCAAUUCUGCCGUUAUGGAUCUUCUUCAAAUGGCCCUUGCAUCUAGCAAGUAACUGGUCUUUGACAUGGGGUAAAACGCUCAGCCAAGACAGCAGUUCACGAUAAGUAGUUGAUCUGAGGCAUCAUCCUGAAUUUAUUGAUUCUGCAUUCAGCUACUUUUCUUGUAGCAAUGCAAAUGUAGUUCACUGUACAGCAACACUGUCAGUAACUUUCUCACCAUUUUUUUAUCUCACUUGCCUAACUACUGCUCUGAUUACUUGUGAGCACGCAGCUUUUUCCAACUUUAUUCAAUGACAUGCUCUGGCACUCUUAAAAACUUUGGGAAUUAUGAACUGUGUGUAACAAUCCAUCAUACAGGACAGGUUUUAAAAGUGAACCAGACCUUGGGUAGCCUUGAUGUGUGUGUACGUCAGUAGCUCUGAGAAAACAGUGUGACUUUAGGCACUCAAUAAUGUGACAGUCUCCUACAAGUCUCAGGAAUUCUAACUACUACUCCUGUCACUUCAGAUUUUUCUAAAGCUUUUCUUAACUAUGCUAAGUUAAUAUGUGCAUGAUGCAAAGUAAAGCAUAAAGAAGGAUCACCAUCACCCACAAAUUUGAUAUUUGAGGAAUGCCAAGACAUUGCCAUUUCCAACGCACUUUGUAGAAACAUUUUCCUUCCCUGUACUUGUUCGCUUUUGUGUAGCUUCACUAACACACAUGUCUCAUUGUAGCUUAUGCCAGUUUUGAGUUAAUUGACUGAAUGAUAGGUUCUCCAAUACUCCCAACACACAAGAACCCUCAGAAAGCAUCUGUGUACAUUUUACACAAGUUUUGCAGGGUUUAACAUCUCUAUAAAAGUAUCGGUCCUUAACCAAAGCAAGCUAAAGGACUACUCAAGUGUACAGUGCACCCAGUUUAUACAUGCAUCUUUUUUGUUUUACUGUAUAAAGCAGUUAUAAGGAACAUACCAUAUUUAUUCGAAUAUAGGUUGACCUCUUCUUUCCAGAAAUUUUACCCCAUAAUUGCCUAUUGACCUAUAUACGUGACCAAGAAAUCUCAACCUAUAUUCGUGAUCAAAGCUAGCAAAAGUGCCGAGCUAAUGGAGUUCCAAUGUAGAACAGAGUCGCCGCCAGAGCCGUGAGUGCCAAGGCCACAAACCAAAACAGCCUGCCAUGCAUGUCACUACCAUACGUCGAAGCCGCAGUUGCACAAAACACAAAUACUCUAUUUACUCAAUUUUAACGCACACCGAUUGUAAUGCGCACCCGUACAGUACAGUACUAACUAAAUUAACAAGCAUGGUGUCACAUGCACACAAGCAAACAUGAGCACAUCUCACUCAGCGACUUCGGAAACUCGCUGUCAAAAUGCUGGAGUGAGGAAGUGCGGCAGCAGCUGCCUCUCACUUCAACGCAAACUAUAAGCAGCAAAAAUACAGCGUGCAGUGGACUCUGUCCCCGUCGCAGAUCGCUUUCAAGAUAGGACUGAGACGAUCGUAUUGCUGAAUUGGAUUGUCACAAAUACGUCCUGCUUCGGUCCACUGUGUUGCUUUGCUGGGGAAAACCGUCUCCUUCUGUUUGCGCCAGUCCUGCAUGCAAGUUUCGGAUACUCCGAACACCUGUGAUGUGGCCUGAUUUCCGUCCGUCUCCGCGCACAUGACACUGUCCUUUUACAUGCAGCAUCAUGAUGAACUCGACAAUUCAUGCUAAGAGAGCUGACACAGAAAACGGGAAGACAGACGGUGGACCACAGAGGGAGAAAAGCUUAGUAAAGGCCCCAACCAGUACAGACAGGUUGGAAACAGUGUAGCAGAAGUAACAUGCUGUUUUUUGCAAAGGAGCACUGUGGCUGGUGCCUCAAAUGUCAACGUUGCCAUAGCAACCGUGCUCCUGAAGCUCUUGCUGCUGGUGUCAACCUCUGAAAAGUGAGAUAAGAUUUUUCCACUUGCGUCUUUCUCGCAGCACGUUUUGUUCGCGAGGCAAGCUGACUUUAAAUUGUGGUGUGAAGCUUGAAAAUUGUGUUUUGGGUCUGUGAGUGCGACUGUCAGUCAGCAACAGAGAUACUCAAGUAAUUACGGCGCGGGUCUUUGUCGUCUUCUUCAACGGGCCACGGAAAAGCACAGGAGUGCGUCUGCUUCACUAAACUUGAUACAGAAGUCUCGCAAGCUUUGUUCUGACAUGCAUCAGCAGCACGCACUUCCAGCAGUUCAUAGCAAGAAAAGUUUAAAGCUUGUGCCUAUCUGCUCUCGUGAGCUGAUUGGAGGUGCAAAGGGAGAUGGCAUACCAACGUAGCUGCACUUCCAGCUUCAAAGACAUGACUUCAGGGCCUCUCUUAUUUUGUUUCUUUUUUACACAUGGAGGAAGCACAUGGAGGAAGCUACGGCAGCUAGGGCGGACGAGGCAUCCAUUUUGAAAUGCCCAUGUGGAUAUGGUAAUGCAGAUUUAUUGUCAUGCUCUAUUCUAAUGUGCCAAUUCUAAUGGGUCGACCUAUAUUCGAAUAAUUUUUUUUUAUUUCUCAGAGAGCACAAUAUUAGGGGUCUACCUACAUUUGUGCUCGGCCUAUUUUCGAGUAAGUAGAGUAAUAUCAGAAAAUGAAAAAGAGAAACAUACUCAAGCAGGUGUACCUGUGAUCACAUCAAUAAUAAUGAGAUUUCGGUGUCAAUGUCAAAUUGACAGUUUUUCAGUUGGGCUAGUCUCGUGUGCCGUCUCAGAUUUGUCAAGACGUGGAACCUUGAAAGUUGGUGCGCAUGCACUUCGGUGUGCCUUUCCUUCACCUCACCAGUGUUUGUAUUCAGCUGCAUGUGCCAUCUGGGAGCUUAGCAGAUUUGUAAAUCAAAUGCACAAAAAGAAAAUGAAUCAAAGGUUUGCAAGAACUUGCUAAAGGGACUCAACAAUGCUUUUUCUUCAAAAAUUAGAUUGCACUGGAGUAAGCCUGAUGCCUCUGAAUGAAUAUACUCCCACAGAAAUCUUCUAAAAGGAUGUAACAAUGACAGCAGGUUAAAGAGCACAAUGUUUAUUUCCCCAUUCCACUUCAACACAAUCUUUCUUCUCAGCUAUGGUCAGCAUAUUGCUCCUUACUUUUUCUUCUUUCCAUGGUGCACUCAUGGUAACCCUUCAAGAUUGGUGUCUUAAAAAGAUGCUGGAGAGGGACACAUCUUGGAGGGCUGUAUAUGUGGGCAUGAACUUUCACUCAGGCGUAAGUCGUGGCUAUGAAGAAUUCUCUAAUGGCUGGCAUCUAUGGGCUGUUGUACAGGUCUAUAAUGUCACGGGCAUCCCGUAACAGGAAGGAAGGGGGCUGGAAAGCAAUGGGAGAAAACAAGCAAUCUUUUAUGCGAGAUUGUGGGUUGCCUGUUACGUGCAGUGGAAUAAUAUUUGGCAUGCAUGUCCAUGGCAGCAUUGUCCACAGACAGCGAAUGUUUUCGUGCUCAAAAGGCAUUGCAUUGCCCCUUUAAAGGCCGCUUCAUGGAGAGCUCAUUAACAGUAUGUGCCUUGCGUGUUUUGCUUGCAAAUUACGGCACAUAAAGUGCAGGUCUGCUGCUGCAUCCAUGCAAGCUUUAUGCUAGUUCACCUCUUAGUGUUGUCCUGUAGUUUUCAGUUUUUUAGGUGACCACUGAAGUUCUGUUGGACUAUUCUUAGAGUGCUGGCGCCUUCUCCUCAAGAUCACAUGUGAGACUCCUCAGGAAAUUCUGCUCAGGAAUAACUGCUGUUUGCGUUUAUCGAGUUGAGGUGAAAAAGUGUUGCUGAAUCUAGGUAUUUAAAAAUGAUGUUAUAUCACUUACUGCAGUGUGAGCUUAAGACCUAAUUCCUGUUGAGGUGUCCUAAAAGCGAUAAACGCAUUAACCUCAUUCGUUCACUUUUUAUUUCCUUGUUAAGAUAAUGCUUGGCUUGUGGGCUUUCUUAUAAAAUUUUCUAAGGCAUGCAAAAUUUCUGCUAAUCCUUUCAGUGAAUGUGAGGGUGAUGUUGGUGUUUCUGAUGGGAAAAUUACAUGCAUAUUCUGCAUAUAAAUGCAGAAGGUUCCCGAAACUGUAUUUUGCAUUGAUUUUAUUUGGCAGUAUCACUUUGCGAGUCUCAGAAUGAUUAUUUUAUUCAUUAAUUUCAUUGGGUCCAUUCCUUUACAUUUGUCAUGCAAUGUAUGCAGGCUUAUUUUAACACCAACCAAUCACAGUCUGUGCUGAAGCUGUAGCAAUGUGAGGGGACCUUCCAAGUUUUUGUGUUGAGCACAGUCUUUAGUACAUUCGUUCUGCAUUCCCUCUUCUCAUUAUAUUUUUAGCAUAGCUUUAUUUAUGGUACAGUUUUCUGAUGCAGUGUGCCAAUGCAGUAUGCAUUCAGUAUUAUUUUUCUGUAUUAGUAUUCAGGCAGCACAUUCUUUUUAUUCUCUUUUGCUCAUGCACCCAAUUUCGUAUAAUCAUAAUAGGUCAUAAUUAUCACUGGUGACUCAUUUUACUUUUUCUUUCCUAUGUCCUAUCUUCCUUUUGUUUCUGCUUCACUUUCAUUACACAGUUGGUGAAUUGCUUUCAUUCUGACUAAAGUAAGGGGUAAAACAAUUGGGAGCACCAGUUGCUAUCGCGAGACUUCAGCAGUUUUAGUAAAAGCAUAAUCUUUCUUGGGCCACCCGAAAUAUAUUUAACACUCAGCAUAGUGUAGCGGUUAUAGGAGUGGAGUAUUAAUUGUGGCUCAUCAGGUGUUUGCAUGCUUAGCAGCCAGUGGCUUUGCAGUAACUCAUUUUAAGUAGGCUUUCAGAACUGUGUCAUCUAUUUGAAGUAUUAAUGCACACAGAACUUUAUGGUUUAUGAGUAAUUAAGGUAAGGAGACCAGUACCUAUUCAUUUUCCAUUAAGUUACUGUAAUAUGCUCACGCAGUUAUCAAAUAAUAAGAAAGAGCCAUAGAAGAAUACACUUAUUAAGCCACAUAAUGAACACUCGGACCGUGAGGUCUGUCAGGCACCCGAGUUGGGCAGAAGUUUGCAAGGUGAAGGAAUCAGCAAAACGAGAACAAAGUGAAAAGCCAGGGCUCUGGCUUUCACCUUGUUCUCAUUGUGCUCAUCGUCUUAAGUUUUCAUCUCCCAUUUUCCCAAGGUGAAGGAAGCAUCACCAAAAGAAAAAUUGGCAUCCAUCUGGAGAUAUCGCGAAUGAAGCACAUUGCUAAACCAAAUUUGUUAGCGAAUAGAAUUCUUUGUGUAUUGUGUAGCUGCACGACAACUGUAUGUAUUUGUUCUUGUCUGUCAUUUUGGGUGAUGCAUUUGUAAUUGCUUACAAGAUGUCUGACCUCAGUGCUGUGUGUUAAAUUUCGGUGUAUGUACGCAACCAGAUCUUUAUACAUAUGCAACCAUUGUAUUGCAGUUUCUUUUUGUGUGUGUAUGUUCGUUUCAGUGUACUCAAUGUUUGUCAGGUAUAACCACUUGUUUGCUGAGCAAACAAGUUUGCUUCGUCUGCAGAGAUAUUUAUUGGGCUCUCCUGGUGAGAUGCCCCAUGAAUGACUGUCAUUGAAAUGCUCCUGGUGCCAGAUUCUGUGAGAAGUUAUCGCUGAGUUUCGGACAUGCACCGUAUGAGAAGGCAGCAGACAUAUGCGGUGGACAUAAUCAGCAGAUGUGUGCGGAACAAAAUUUGGAAAUGUGCUGCCCUCUCUUGUCGCUAUCUGUUUCCAUUCAUCCUGCAGAGGAAAGCUCAAUCUGAAUUCUCACAAGGUCUGGUGCCACUGAAACAUUUUGUGUGCUCAGAUAGAUAUACUAAUACAUCUGGUUAAGUUUUAAACACCUGUACUACUACCUGGUGAAAUGAUAUUCACAAGUGAAUGUGGCAGAACCUCUUUUAUAUAGUGAACAAUGUUGAAUUUUAUACAUUUUCCCAGUUACUUUCAUAACACAUUUUUUGUGCAGCCUGUAACAUGGCUUCAAUAUAUAUGGCUUCAUAAUGUUUAAUAAAACUGAUUGGCAGCACUUGUUUCA